CUCUCUCCCUCGCUCGGUUUGCAGUUCCCUCCCUUUGUUACCUUUACUUUCCCGCACUGCCAUACUUCUUCUCUCUAUCUUUGAGCGGUCUCUCUCUGUUUGUGCCAAUGGAAUCAGAGAAGCGCUUUGCAAGCAGCUCUGCUUCUACGUCCGCGUGGGCGGAGAGGUUGGGUGGCGAGGCGGAUCGGUUGGUUAAGACGGAGAUUGAAGCGGCGGAGACUCUCGCAGACUUGGCCCGCUUGGCGAUGCGUGAGACUGCCUCUGACUCCGGAGAGAAACAGUGCAAGAAAGGCAAACAAGGCAAGAGGCGGCUCUCCUGCGAGUCACCGACUGAUGACUCGGGGUUGAACGGGCUCGACUCAGCCUCCAAAUGUCCGGAUCUCUCUCGGGAUCAAGCUGUUGAAGGUCACCAGCCACAUCAAAUAUCCGCAAGUGAAACGAAAAAGAUUCAACAGGAUGUCUGCUUAAGAGAAGUGAAGACGGAGCAGGAUGCUGAUUUAGCCAAGACAAGCACCGUGUGCACAAGUUACUCUUUGGUUGGCUGCAGUAAGUCAAGGCGAAAUUUAACUGAGGAAGAAAAGGAGGCACGGAGGAUACGCAGGGUAUUGGCAAAUAGGGAGUCAGCUAGGCAGACAAUUCGCCGUAGGCAGGCACUCUGUGAGGAGUUAACCAGAAAAGCUGCCAAUUUGGCGCUGGAGAAUGAAAGCCUGAAAAAGGAGAAGGAGUUGGCUUUGAAAGAGUACCAAUCUUUGGAGAACACAAAUAAGCACUUGAAGGCACAAAUAGCCAAGUCAGUGAAUACCAUGGCGGAUAAAACUCCAGAUGAGCAUGACUUGCCUGCAUCUGAGAUUACGUCUUCAUCCACGAGUAGUGGUCCAUGGUUCCUUUGUAGCCAUUUCCCAGUAACACAGUUAUUUUGGCCUUCUGUCAUCCAGUCUUCCAAUCCUGUUCAAUCUCAGCAUACGCCUCAUGGUUCCGCACCCAUACCAUCAAAUAUUUCUUUACCGUUUUCUUCUGAGUCUGACUUAUGCCACAAAGAAAAUAACCUUAUACAGGACAAUGAAAUACAAAAUCCAUUAUACCUGUUUCCGUAUCCUUGGUUCUUCCCACCUCCAGAGUCUGGACAUGGACAGGCGCCACUCUCUGUUGGCCUUAAAAAUAAACAAGAUGGGUAUCCUGUAGGUAAACCAUGUAGUAUUAAUUCAACUCCAAAUACAGUGACAAAUAAUGACAAUCAGGCUACUUUACCUUUCAAAAUUAAAACAGAAGCUUCUGGCUGGACAGAAGUCAGACCUAUUGAUGACCCAAAUCACGCCACUCCUAAUUUUUCUUUGGAUGGAGAUGAGCAGCAAAGAGGAUGUCACAUUAUGGAAAGAUAUCAUCCUGCUGUUGUCAAGGAAGAACAUGGCUUUAAGAUACAUCCUGCACCCGAUACUGAGGUAUCUUCAACAGUUUCUCAUACUGCAAAUUCUUUGCUGGAAAAGAAACAAGAACAAGUCAUAUACUCAGGUAAAAAUCUAGUGGAUGCAAUUGCUGCAGCUGAGGCAAGGAAGAGGAGAAAGGAGCUUACAAAGCUGAAAAGCAUCCACAGUCGCCAAUGUCGGUUGCAAUGUUGACUUAUAAGUCAACAUAAUUAAAAAAUUUAAGGGGAAUAUCCGUUACCAGCGCUUCUGGAGUUUCUUAUCUCUUGAUAAAAAGAAAUGAUUGGAAAUCGAGCAGGACGCCUGACCAUAAAUAGUGGAGGCCAAUGAAGGAAGAGAGGCAAAGUUCAGAACGCUCUCUGACAGCGUUGAAGGUUUGAGAUUAUCUCCUUCCAUUUUGUUUUCCUAUUUCCUUAUUGUAGGAAGGUUGCCAAAAGUUUCGGUGACCAUUUUUUCGACUUUAGGUAGUUAUUUUGAUAAUGGUUUGAGGAUAAUUCAGGGUUUCCGACAAGCACACAAAAACGUGCAGGAGGAUGGACAGGAUACAGUACUUUUUAUCCCGUCAUUGAGAUUUCUUUCAGCGGCAGACAGAUUCUUAAGAACCUUGAGCUCGAAAUACACUAGUUCAGUUAGCCAGGUCUCCUAAUGUAUAUACAAAUUAUUUGUUCUGCAAAAUAAUUUAUGUGAAUAUUCUAUUAUGCUUCGUAGCAUGGAUAUCUACCUGGAUAGCCGUUUGAUUCGCAAUGCUGUGUUUUUUUUUUUUGGGUGCUUUGAAGGAUAUUAGUUUCACAGAA